AUGCCGACAUGGCGGAAGUGGGUUACGCUCUUCGUUGUCUGCUGGAUGGCUCUGCCCGUCACUUUCUCCGGAAGCUCGAUACUGUCGGCGACGAACGAAGUCGCUGCCGACUUUGAGACCUCGACGCAUGCUAUUACCACGGCUAACGCCGGCGUGUUCAUUGCCAUGGCCAUGUCGGCGCUGAUUUGGCUGCCGGCUAGCAAUAUCCUCGGUCGAAGGACGACGUAUCUGGUGGCCAACACUCUGCUGACCCUGUGCUCGAUUGGUUCGGCAUUGUCCAACAACUUUGCCUGUUACACGGCGAUCUGGGUUAUUGGAGGAACGACGGGCCCGUUCUUCCUCGUUGCGGGACAGACCAUCUUGGCCGACAUUUUUGAUCCUACAACACGCGGAACUGCUGUCGGUUUUUUCUUGGGCAGCUGCGUCGCAGCAAACACAAUAGCACCACUGACUGGCGGUGUAAUCGUAAACUUCACCAGCUGGCGAGUCAUCUACGGUGUCCAGGCUGGGAUGGCGUUCCUCGGUCUGAUCAUGGCCUUCUUUUUUGUCCCAAGAGCCAGCGAGCUGGCCAAGCACCAGAUCGUAGAAAAGACUCCUGUACGAUCCUUCGGCGAACUUGCACAUGCUUUCAACCCGAUGGGGGUUCUUCGCCAGUACAGGUACCCCAACGUUCUCGCCGCCAACUUCGCAUGUGGAUUGCUGGGCUUCAACCAGUACGGUCUUCUUAGCUCCAUCAGACGUGUCAUCAACCCGCGUUUCGAUCUCACUUCCCCCCUCAUCAGCGGUCUGUUCUACCUGGCCCCGGGUGCAGGCUUCUUGAUGGGCAGUACCAUCGGCGGGAGAGUCUCUGACCACACUGUCAAACGGUACAUCCGCAAGCGCAACGGUCUCAGACUUCCGCAAGACAGGUUGAAGAGCAGCUUACCAGCCAUUUUCAUCGUUUUGCCCGCCGGUACAUUGAUAUUCGGCUGGAGUCUCCAAAAGGAAGUUGGCGGGAUGGCUUUACCCAUAAUUAGCUCCUUCUUCCAGGGUCUUGGGCUGAUGUGGUCUUUUAGCGGCCUGAAUACAUACUCUGCCGAGGCACUGCCUGAACGCAGAACAGCCGUCAUCAGCGGCAAGUAUGUCAUUCAGUACAGCUUUGGCGCUGGCAGUAUCGGUGGUCUUGUGCCAAUGAUCGAUGCCAUUGGAGUAGGAUGGUCUUUUACGAUAAGACUUUUGGCUGGCGUCUUGGUGUUGAUGAUCUCAAAGUUUGCGUCCAGAGCACAGAAUUGGGUCGAGAAAAGCAACAGCGAUGAUUCCGAUGAAUGA